GUCUGAAGAAGACAGUCGAAGCUCUUGUCCAAUCGGUGAAGAGGCUUGAUUGUGUCAUCAUCCUGACGUUGUUCUGCCUGAGCAUCUUGGCUAUGAUUGGUUUACAGCUCUUCGUGGGAACCCUGAAGAACAAAUGUGUCAUCUGGUCGAUGAACACAAACACGACAGAGUUUGAUUUCCACAACCACACCACCUCUCCAGAAAACUAUUACUACAUUCCUGGACAUCCUGAUCCUCUGGUGUGUGGAAACCGGUCAGACACCGAGUGGUGUCCAGAUAGUUUCAACUGUGUGAAAGCAGGAAGUAACCCAAACUUCGGAUACACCAGCUACGACUCGUUUUUCUGGUCUCUGAUGUCACUUUUCAGACUCAUGAUGCACGACUUCUGGGAAGGCCUGAUGCAGUUGACGUUGCGAGCUGCAGGAAAAUCCUAUCUGAUCGUCUUUCUGUUCGUCUUCUUCCCGGGUUGUUUCUUCCUGCUCAGUCUCAUUUUGGCGGUGGUUGUCAUGACACGAGCGGAGCAAGAAGAGACUCGAGAUGCCGAGGCCAUACAAAGAGAAGAAGAGUUCGGACGGAUUGUGGAGGUGCUGAAGAGGAGAGAGGAGGAGGAGCAGGCUUCCAGCAGGGCAGAGACUCCAGAGCAACAGGACUCACUGCAGAAGAAGAAAUCAGCUGGUAUACGAGCUACUAAGCAAGAAUACGUUGAAGAGGCAGAACAGCACCACCGGCCUUUGUGCUGCACCUGCACUGACGCCUUCCUGAAGGGGGACUGUUGUGGCUGCUGGCGAUGGCUCAAACAGCAGUUUCACACCUUUAUCACGAACCCUUUCUUUGACCUGGUCAUCAUCAUCUGCAUCAUUGUUAGCACCAUCUUCACAGCCAUGGAACAUUACCCUAUGAUGGUGGAGUUCAUGGAGACCCUGGUCAUCGCU